UAUAUAAUUACAAUUUAAGAUUUUCAGUCGUUUGUAAAUUAAUUAAAGUACUGGAACUUGAAAAACAAGACCUUAUACAAGCACUACAUUAAUUAUUUUUGGUGCCCUCGGGUUGUGUAUACUUCAUGUCAGUUAGUGAAACCAGUUCCGAGUCUGAAGUAGACACUUUAACUUCGUCGGAUGAAGACGAAGAGCCUAAAUUGAACUAUGAAAAGAUUACAGACAGAUUUCAAGGUUGUUUUGUGAACGAUUCUAUAUCCGCCUGUGCAAUUUCAAAGGAACACUUUUUUUUUGGAUCACAUAAUGGUGCUGUUUAUAUUUAUUCGCGACAAGGAGUUUUACUUCGAAAAAUGAUUUUACAUGUUGCUACGGUCACUGGUCUUUCUGUAGAUCUUGAAAGUGAAAACUUAGCAUCGUGUUCAAUGGAUGGGAAACUAAUUGUCUAUAACAUCAGCUCUAAAGAAACAAAUGUCUAUGACUUUAAACGGCCACUAUUAUCGGUAGCGAUUGAUCCCUACUAUAGCACCAGAUCUUCACGUCAAAUUAUAUGUGGAGGACGAGCAGGCAAAGUCAUAUUGUCCGAAAAAGGAUGGCUGGGCUCCAGAGACAUUAUUCUUCAGGUUGAUUGCGGAACGGUAUACAAAAUAGAUUGGUACAAAUCUUACGUUGCUUGGGCUACUGAUUCCGGUGUUUAUCUAUAUAGUAAUGAAUAUGGAAAAAUCUUUAGACACUUGGAACACCCAAAAAAGCUUCCUAACCAAGAAGUAUUCCCUUACCAACUGUAUUGGCAAUCUGAGUCUAGACUGAUAAUUGGUUGGGCGGACCAAAUAUCUAUAGUCUCCAUUCAGCUCUCAAGUCAGCCAAAUGAAUUACCAAAAGUUUCAGUACAGGCUGUUUUAGAAAUCGACUCUAUUGUCAGUGGUAUCAUGAUGUUUGGCUUCAACAUUCUUGUUCUUGCUUACGUCGCCGAGGUAGAAGACUUUACCUCUUCUUCUAGACCCAAAAGAGUAGACGCAGUACGACCGGAGCUUCGCCUUAUAGACUCUUCAUUUCAAGAGCUCGCUGGCGAUGUCAUCGGACUGACUAACUAUUCUCGUCUCCAGCCUUCCGAUUAUCAUUUGAUUCCAGAUCCAGCGAAGAAAGAUUAUUCAUAUGUCCUUUUUCCUAAUGAUCUUAUAUGUGCUAGAGAGAGGAAUGAGAUUGAUCACGUCAUGUAUCUUGUUUCUCGGGAAGAAUACGCAGAGGCGAUUGCUGCAGUGAAAACAAUGAAAGACGUGCCUCCAGAAUUGCAAGUCCCUGAACUUGGCAAAAAAUAUGUAGCACAUUUAAUUGAUAAUGAGCAAUAUCGAAAAGCGGCUUUGGUAAUCCCUACUUUAUACAGUAACAAUCCUAGUGGCUGGGAGCAAUGGAUUUUUGUUUUUGCGGACCAUAAUCGAUUAGAAGACAUUGCUGAGUAUCUUCCACUUGGUGAUGAUCAUUUAAGUCCUGUUAUAUACGAAAUGACUUUGGCAUAUUACAUGGCCUUUAACGAGAAAAAAUUUGAUGAGAAGUUACAUACCUGGCCGACAAACUUAUAUUCAGUGCCGACAAUUCGCAAAGCAGCACAGAAAAAGUACGACCAAAACCAAGAAAGCAGAGAGCUAGCCAAUAGCUUAGCCUUUCUUUAUGUAAACGACAGUAUGCCUGUGGAAGCAUUCUGGCUAUACCUUAAAUUAAACAAGAAAGAAUGCAUUGAUCUUGUUUUUCAACACAACCUAUAUGGUGAAGCAAGGCAAUCGAUCUUACAACUAUUACUUAUUUCAGCCGAUGGACGUCCUGAAAAUGUUAAUCCAAAAGUCAUAAACAUGCUUGUUCAGCACGUACAUUCUUUUCCACCUAAUGAAGUUAUAACACAGAUCCAGUCGAUUACAAGAUUUUUAUAUGCCUAUUUUUGCUCUUAUGAAGUUAUGUUUCCGAAUUCGCUCAUGGAAUAUGGUGAUUUGAAAGUGGACGUUUUUGCUGAAUUUGACCGGUCAAGGCUGUUUGAGUUCUUAAUGAACACACAGUGCUAUUCUUUGGGACACGCAUAUAACGUUUGUGUAAAAUACCGUUAUCUUGAUGAGCUUGUUUAUGUUCUUGGUCGUAUGGGAAAUAACAAAGAUGCCUUGAUGCUUAUAAUCAAUGAAUUGUCUGACAUCGGUAGAGCCAUUCGCUAUGUCAAAGAGCAAGGAGAUAAGGAUUUAUGGGAAGAUUUAAUUUCAUAUUCUUUAGAUAAACCUGAGUUUAUAUGUACUCUUUUGGAGAAUAUUGGAUCCGAUGAAAAUGCGCUUAAUUUAAUAACUAGGAUUCCAAAAGGAAUGAAAUUGCCCCACGCAAAAGACUCGAUUUCCAAGCUUCUUUCUGAUCAUCAAUUACAAGUUUUCCUUCACCUGGGUUGUCAUAAUUUAUUUGAAGAUGAAGCGGUUGAACGAGUGAAAGAAUUCCAUUCGGAUCAAAAUAUCGGAUUUCAGGUCGACAAGGACAUCUCUAAUGAAGAAAGUAAUGUAGGUGGAUUAGUCAAUUUCGACUACUCAAGCUUAUCGGAAGAACCACUUCCCUUUGUCUUUGAUACAAAAACCAGUGAAUUUAGAAGCGUUACUUCGUUAGGAUAUGAUAUCCACACGAUGGCUUCUGAUCAUGGGUUAGGGGAUGCUGCUUCUCAUGUUCGAAAUCGACUUAAGCCUGAGUCUACAAUGGGGAGCAAGCUGAGCAUACUAAUGGCUUUAAAAAAAUAACUACUAUUCUUUUAAUGGAAUGGAUUUUUUGAGUCGAUUUUUGAGUUCAUUUCUUGACUUGACUUACUCACUGACUGGUUUGAUGAAAAUUUGUGAAAUUAACGACGGCAUUCAUUGUGACGAUGACUUUUAUUAAAGGUAUGUAGGAACUGAAAUAUGAAAUAAAUAAUUGUUCUCGGUUUUAUAAUCAGUGUUUCAGUUGAGGGAAGCUUUCUGGAACUAUAUUCAUAACAUUUGGUGGGUAAUGCUUUAAAAGCAGUUUUUUAAAGUAAAUUUAACAGAAGGUACUUUCAAAAUGUAAGAAUAUUCUUCAGAAACAAUUUUAGUCAAUGCAUCUUCUUUUUCAUAGGUGAUUUUUGUAUAUUCA